GUCUGGCUGGAGCAAUCGUAGUGCGUGGUGGGUACUUAAGUGGCAUUGCUUUUUUUGCCAUUUCAUAUUUACCUAUACCUGGUGAAAAUCUUACAGCUAUUUAGCAACACAUAAUUGUGUUUAGAAAAAACAAUUCAUACUAACAACAACUUCCAGCUCCACUAAAAAUAAUAGCACGGGUGCCAACCAUCACUAAACACAACAGAAAAAAAAACCAACUUUACUCUCCUUCAUAUCAAAACAAAAACAAACAGGAAGAGGAACAACAUAAAAGCAAAGCUGCAAACAUGAAUCGCAUCAGUACUGCCGUCUAUCGUCAUUGGAAUGCUUCGUUGGUGAACAUCGCACAGGCGAAUACUAGCCGGAGUUGUGGACUCACUGCAGCGUCAUUUAUAAACGCCCAACGAGAAAUGUCUUCGUCAUCGUCGCAAAACGCCGCUGCGUCGGGCAAAUGCCUAUCUUUAGAGAACAUUAAUCCGCAAUUCAUUGAAUUGGAGUAUGCGGUGCGCGGUCCGCUGGUCAUACGUGCUGGCCAAAUUGAAAAGGAGUUGGCAAAGGGCGCGAAUAAGCCUUUCGAUCAGGUCAUCCGUGCUAACAUUGGUGAUUGUCAUGCUAUGGGACAAAAGCCUCUCACCUUCCUGAGACAGUUGAUGGCGCUGACGUUCGACACAAGCCUCCUCGAUUCGCCCGACUACCCAGAGGAUGUGAAGAAGCGUGCUCGCAUAAUCUUAGGAGGAUGUCAAGGCCACUCAGUGGGUUCCUACACUGAUUCGGCCGGCAUUGAGGCGAUUCGUCGACAAGUGGCUGAUUUCAUUGAGAAGCGUGACGGCAUUCCAAGUAAUUGGGAGAAUAUUUAUCUAACUGCUGGGGCCACACCAGGCAUCAAGAGCAUUUUGUCGCUUGUACGUGCUAAGGUCGGUGGCAAGCGUCCCGGCGUGAUGGUGCCCAUACCCCAAUAUCCUCUGUACUCGGCCACAAUUUCUGAAUAUGCCAUGACUCGUAUCGGUUACUACCUAAAUGAAGAGCAAAAUUGGAGUAUGGAGGUGUCCGAACUGGAGCGCGCCUAUCAAGAAGCACGUCAAACUUGCGAACCACGCGCCAUAGUCAUCAUCAAUCCAGGCAAUCCCACCGGUCAGGUGCUAACGCGUGAAAAUAUCGUCGAUGUGAUUAAAUUCGCGCACAAGCACAAACUGCUGUUGUUGGCCGACGAAGUGUAUCAGGCCAAUAUUUACGCGCCAAAUUCGAAGUUCUAUUCCUUCAAAAGCGUAGCACAUGAAAUGGGUUCACCCUACAGAGAAAUGGAAUUGUGCAGCUUUUUGUCGACAUCGAAAGGCUAUCUAGGCGAAUGUGGUAUACGCGGCGGCUACAUGGAGAUCCUGAACAUGUGCCCUCAGGUGCAAGCCAUACUGACAAAAUCCAUUACAGCUUCAUUGUGUCCCACCUCUGCUGGUCAGGUGGCUGUGAGCGCAUUGGUUUACCCACCGGAGAAGGGUGAGCCCUCAUAUGAGCAAUACAUCGCUGAGAAGGCAUCGGUGCUGGAUAGUCUUAAGGAGCGCGCUGAAUUAGUGUACAAAACAUUCAAUAGCUUCGAAGGUUUCAAGGUGAACGUGGUCCAAGGUGCGAUGUAUGCUUUCCCGCAAAUCGUCAUACCACCAAAGGCCAUCGCGGCAGCUAAGGCGAAGAAUAUGACACCCGACACUUUCUAUGCAUUUGAAUUGCUGGAAUCGAGUGGUAUUUGCAUUGUGCCCGGCAGCGGUUUUGGCCAGAAAGAGGGCACAUAUCACUUCCGCACCACGAUUCUGCCUCAGACCGACAAACUGAAAAUAAUGUUGGAUAAAUUCAAAACUUUCCACGCGGAUUUCAUGAAGAAAUACAAAUAAAUUGUGCUGGAGAAAGCCAAGUGAUAUACGAAAUGCAUUGCAUUCUACCAUCCAUUAAGUGAAUGGUGAAGCGCGGCAGCAUACAAACUUGCUAUCAGAUUUUGCUGUGUGUCCUGAACGAUUUGCGAUUGUUUAAAUAUGUUAGAUAUUUUCAAUUUUUAUAAAUGUGCUAUAAUAGUGAUUAGUAAGUGCUUAGAUUAAAUUAAAGGCAAGAAAAAUGUUGCGAAAACGAAAAGUAAUAAAUAUUAGACACAUAUUUAUAUACACACAAUAAAAAUUCAUUAAUUUAAAUUGUUAAAUUUAACAUUGUCAUAGCUUAAAUUUAAAAGCCAGAAAAUUGGAUAACGAGAAACUAUAAAUGUAUUGUAAAUUGCCAAAUUUUGAUUGAAAAAAAGUAAGCCAUAUAAAAUAA